AUGCGAACUAAGUUAUUUUUGUGGAUAUAUGAUUCUGAAAGUGCAGAUGCUUCCGAACUGAACCACACUGCAAUUAUUCCAUCACAAUGUUCUCAGAUACUCAGCAGGCUGGUUUGGAAUUUGGGGCAGGAACCUGUUGUUCAUACCUAUUUGAAAAAAGAAAAGUACUAUUCUCAGGAGCAUCCAAAAUUAGGUUUUAAACUUGGAGUAGAACACAAGCUUCCUGAAAGUGAAAUAACUGGAAUACAUUCAAGAUAUUGGUGUUCAUCUGUCUAUGCAGUGCAGAGUGGAAAACAAUUAAGUACUUUGGCAGCAUGGACAUCUUCUGAGGUUUAUCUUGGAUAUAAUGAAACAUUUAAUAACAUAGGAGAUACAGCAAACUUUGAGAAGUUCUUAGAUUUUCCAAACACUGCUUCUUUAUCUGGAGAGGCUGUUAGCUAUGACCCAGUCCCAUCUGAAAUUACACUGUUGCUGAUCUGCAGUGGCUGCAGCUCCUCCAGACUUUUUUUUCUGGCAGUUUAUAAUGAAGACAGACAAUCUGGGGGCUUAAGAAAUUUUUACUUACCUGUUCCUUACAGUUCGUUGAGGAUGAUAUACAUAAAUGCAGCAUUAUCAUCUGGGCUGCUGCGGGAUGACGUGAGCUUUACUACACUUACAAAAGCAACACAACUAAUGGAUAUUUUCAAAUAUCUGGAUCAAAACUUUCUCCAUCAGAAAUGUCACAUGGGAGCAUUACUCACCAGAUUAUUCUUGGUAUCUUCUAUUUAUGUUGACUGCCCUCCAGGAAGGCAUAUUGUUGUUGAGAUAUAUGAUGGUGAUUCAUAUGUUAGAAAUGUUGAAGCAAAUUUUGUAUUAUGGGAGAUGAAAGGCAGAACUGGCUAUGGGUACACUUCAUUAAUGAAAGAAAAUUACAGAUCCUGUUUUGUCUUUCAUCAGAACAGUACAAGUGAAGGACUGCAUGAGUGUGGUGGUGCAUUUCUUCCCCCUCUCUGGGCUGAUCUACAAACUUGGGAAGUCUCGCUGGGCCUUAGCAUAAGUGUAAUGAGUUGGGCCGGUUACACGUCCCUUGACUGUAUCAGGAAGGAACUCUUGCAUGGCUAAGACAGGGGGUCAUACUGACCGUUUCAAGGACUCUUGCUGCCCCAGUGGAGGCGGGGGACAGGAGUAGAGAUAAUUUGUUCUCUCCUGACAACCUUGAGACAUAUCUCAGUCCUCUCCUAACCACCUUGGAGCAUCCCGUAUCUGAAUCUUAACUCAUUCUCUGACAGCUCUGGAGCCUUCCUUAUCUGAAUCGCAACUCGUUUAACAGUACCAGCGCAACUGGAAUCCCAGUAAUUUGCUAAUGACUAAAGCCAAUCAUCUCCUGAACCUAUAAACAGUGGUAUGAAGUAAAACCCUUUGAG